AAGCUUUGGGACAAUCGAAAACGGGAAAGACGUUUUUAAUUUUGACAUUGACAGUUUGUACAUUUGUUAUUCUAUUUCUAUAUUGUUUAUAAAUAGAAUAAUAAUUGUCACUUGAAUGGAUACUCAGUCAAUCUCUACAAUGAAAAAAUAUGAUCCCUGUCCUGGGUGGUAUUGUGGUAGACAAUUAUUGGAAAAUAAUGAAUUAAGUGAAUGUGCGUCUUGCCCUAGAGGUUACAGAAGAAACGAAACAACAUUUUUAUGUAUGCCAUGUACAGAUUCCCCAACUUUUUAUGAUUGGUUAUAUUUAGGAUUCAUAGUAAUUUUUUUAUUGAUAUUACAUUGGUUUUUCAUUGAUAUGGUAUCAAUGCGUAGGAGUUUCAGCAAACAGGGUCUGAUUCUUCAUAUGACUGCAACCUUCGAAGUUUUUAUUUCCAGUAUUCUCUCGCUUCUUAUUGUGCAUCCUUUUGGAAGUCUUGAAAUCAAAAGUUGUUCGGUUAGAUCUCUGGCAGAUUGGUAUACACUCUUGCAUAAUCCAAAUCCUUACUAUACAGAAACAGUUCAUUGUACUCAAGAGGCAGUAUAUCCUAUGUAUUCUAUUGUAUGUUUGUUUUACACAUUGAAUCUAACCUGCAUGCUAUUGCUGCGUCCUUGGGUUUGCAAAAAAGUUCUUCUUAGUAGAAGCACAAUGUCCAUCUAUGCAGCCAUGUACUACUUACCAAUUCUAGGAGUUUCACAUGCUCUUAUCGGAGGUCUUUUAUAUUAUGCUUUUCCUUAUUUGAUUGUGGUUAUGUCUGUAAUAUCCUGUGCAGUCCAUUUUGCAUUUACUAUCAAUCAAACCAUUUUCUCUUUGGUAACAACAACACUAUAUAGCCCAAGAAAUGUGAUUAUUCUUUUAGGACAUUGGUGUUUACAUGCGUAUGGAAUAAUUUCAAUCACAGAGUUUGUGGAUCCUUUGUUUCAUUCUUUGUUGAUUUUAUUAGUUCCUUUUCCCACAUUGUUCUAUAUAUUCACAGCAAGAUUUACCAAUCCAAAAAAAUUUGACAAAAGCUAAUAUAGACAGAAUAGUUUGUUUGUUGAAUGGACUUGAUAUUCCUAUAGUUGUAUGGAAAAUAAGUGGCAUUUUCAACCUUUGGUCAUUAAGAAAGUACAUCAGCGGAUGAAAGAAAGAAAUUUUCAAUAUAUUUCAGAUUGUUCUGAUGACAUUUAUUUAUU